AUGGCGCUGCUACAUCUGCUAUCCGGCUCGUCGAAUGCGUCGCCCGCGCACGGAAUUCUCUCGGGCGAUUUCGAAGCUCGUCUGAGCGCCAACGACACGCGACACGAUUCAACUUCUGCUGCCGCCGCCGCCGCCGCCGCCGCCGCCGUCGCCCCUCCCGACAUUCCUGCAUCCACAGCUUCACAUCAUUCGGCGACGCCGCUGUCUGCCCACCUGAACCGCGGCCCGACAUCUCUCAUGGACAUGUCCUCCGGCGGGGACGUUGUCCACGCUCCUACGCUCUCGAGUCCCGGCCGAACUCCCAGCCACACCCCAUCCGCCGGCGGCGUCGUCUCCAGCCUGAACCCCAAUGCGGACCCCUAUCACGGCCCGUCGACCGACUUCAGGGACGGUCGCGUUAGGAACCCCGUCCCUACAAAGCUGCAGAACCAGACUAGCAUCAAGGAUGGCAACUUCUCCGUUAUGCACAUGGAUAGAGCAAGCGCAAGGUCGGCCGUGGAUGAGCGCGACAUGGCAGCAAAGCGCUCCAGCGAGGCCACCCAGGCCGCCGCCAUGGAUGCUUACAGCAAGGGUUACCAGCCUCUCAAGCGCGGCCGCCAAACCUGGAGGCCCUCGAGUCCCGCCGAUCAGCAGCAGCAGCCGCCACAUCCAAACGUCUCGUACGACGCGACCUCGCGCGCGAUGCCUUCCCCCAACCACCCUUACAUGAUGCCGCCGUCGGCCUCGUCGUCGUCCAGCACCUACCGGAUGCCGGGGAUGCAGCCCAGCGAGGUAAAGGCCGAGCAGGCCCGCCUGCUGACCUUUUUGCGCAGCCUGCACCCCAUGAUGGUCGUCGACCAGCUCUGCAAGGCAGUCGCGUACUUUGGUGGCAUCCCCGGCGCGCCACCUCUGGCCGACACGGGCACGUUCCCAACGAGUGAGCGAGGCAAUGGCAACGGCGCGCUCAUCAUCAGCUGGCUCGCAGAGAUUUUCCCUCCCACAGACCCCUCCCAGCCGCCGCCAAUGCCAUACUCUGGCAGCUCCGUAUCGGUACUAGGCGACGUAGAGGGAAAGGAUGCCUCGCAGGCAGACGCGGCGACCGGCCAGUCUGGAGAUGCAGACGGCGAAACCCCCGUUCGCCGUGCUAGGGGACGGCCAAAGGGCAGCAAGAGCACCAAGACGCGCAGGGACAAGGGCAUGAAGAAGGGGCAGAGGCUCGGGCCAGAGUACCAGGACGAUCUGCUCGCACAGGACCCAUACCAGACGCAGGACCCCAGCUCGGCGACAGAUGCGCAAGGCAAUCCUGGUGUGCGGAAGAGAGGUCGGCCUAAGGGAUCCAAGAACCGCCCCAAACCUCCCCCGUCGGACAACGCCCCUCAGGAUCACGAGGGCGACUCGUCCCUCAGCAACUCUGGACCGAACGGCAUCAAACCGCACUUCGGCAUGCCGCAGCAGCAGCAGCCCCAGCAGCCAGGGUACUACGGACCGCAGCAGCCGCCACAGCAACGUCCCGGCCAAUUCGGGAACCAGCCUCCGCCGGGGGCAGCAUUCGGCGGCAACGCAGGCGGCAACGGUCUCAUGAACAUGCCGUACGCCAUGACGAGCAACCACGCCGCCGCCGCGGCACUCCACCAGCAGCAGCAGCAUCAUCACCCAGGGACCUCGGGCAGCGGAACAGGUCCAGGAGGUCCAGGCCCGGGACCGGGGUCUGCCUCAUCGCCCAGCUACGGCGCCCAGCCACCGCCUCAUCUACAAGCGGCCGCCAUGGGUGGUGACAGACCCAUGCAAGAUUCCAUGUAUGACGUUUUCAAUAACAGACGAUGA